CUCUAGACCACUACGGUUUUUUCCCCUUCUUUUCCACCGGAAAAGAAACAACGAGAGCUAGGGUUCCGCCUCUGUAAUAAAGAUACGAAUCCAUUAAAGACGAUGCUCCCCUUUCUUCCUUCGUAGACCCAUAAGCAUCUUUCUCUUGUUCCCUUCUUCUGAUUCAUAUCCACAAUCACAUUGUGUACUUACUACUUACCAUAAUCUGCAUUAUUCGAUUUCACUUUAUCAAGAUCCGACCACUGUAAUAACCAGUUACCUGUCUGCGUCAAAAAAAGAACAGCAAGCCAUUCUUUUUCAUCAUUAGCUGUGUCAAAAGUGCAAGCAACAGUCAUAGAGAGUGUGCGUUUUCUCUUUUGGAAAACGUACAUGUGAAGCAAAUUAGUGUUCUUCACGAGCUACAGCACUAAUCCCUUUUCGUCAAAUCUAAUCAAAUUACAUGGACGCCCACACGGAUAGGGCAACUAUCUUUCUGUAAUAUGUGUUCUAAUCAACAUUAUUGAUCAACAUCACUGGGUAUCAAUGGAGAAAUUUGGGGUUUUCAAUGAAGACUGGAAGUGGCUGCUAUUGGAAAGCCUUUGGUGCUCUGUUGCAGCGAAGAAGACAGCUUCUGGUUUCAGUGGAUUUAUCAGACGGCAUUGGCCUAAUGUUUGUUAUGCGUUUGGAAGACUGGGUAACCUAUUGCGUUUCUCGAUGAUUCAGUGGAAGGAUUGUCUUCGUCGCGGAUGUAAAUCGGUUUUCGAUUUGGGCACAGCGGCUCUGUUCAUCAUUAUAUGGAGUUGUUUUCUUAGUUUGACAUCAAUGUCGUGCCUCUUAUAUCUUCUUCUGAGUAUGGUAACUGCUGUUUGUGCUGUUCGUUAUCUAGGUUACACUCCUGGUCUGUUAAUGGUGGGACUUUUCACCAUUUUAAUCCUACGGAUGUAUGCUAACUUUUGGAUCGCUGGCUCUUUGUUAAUUUUUGGAGGUUUCUUGUUUUCACUAAACCAUACAAGAUUUGUGGUUUUAGUGGCAAUGGUAUACGCACUCUACUAUGUAAAACAUCAAGUUGGGUGGUCUGGAGUUUUGGUAUCGAUUAAUCUUGCUUUCCUAUCUUGUGAUGCAUUGACAUUUAUGCUCCAAUGGUGUGAUAAUUUGAGUGAAAAGAGUGAAACGACACAGUUUGAAGAACCAAAAGUUCCAGAGUCGUUUCUUGAAGAUGACAUUACAGAGAGCAAGUUCUGUGUUAAUGGUGAGGAAGAUGAACAUGAACAGGUCAACUCGUGUAAAUCUUCAAGCAAUAAGCCAACUUUUAUGAACAAAGAGAACAAAGAGCCAACUUGCAUCUCCAUUCCCGUGGUCAAAACCCAUGAAAAUGAAGUCAAUGAAAUGGAAAGAAUUAUAAGCUGUGUGGAUCACUAUGAAACACUUGGGUUCACUCGAUAUGAUAAGAUUGAUGCCAUCUUGUUGAAGAAAGAAUACAAGAAAAAGGCCAUGCUAGUGCACCCUGAUAAAAACAUGGGAAACCCAUUGGCAAGUGAAUCGUUUAAGAAAGUUCAAUGUGCAUAUGAGAUUCUUUCUGAUUCUAUAAAGAAAAGGGACUAUGAUGAUCACUUGAGAAACCAAGACUCAAAAACUUUGUUUCACAAAUCUGCUAGUUCAUCUCAUCAAGAGACAAGUGAUUACUUUUCUGAUGAAUCAAGACGUAUACAUUGCACAAAAUGUGACCUAAUGCAUAUAUGGGUAUGUACAAAUCGGUCAAAGUCAAAGGCAAGAUGGUGCCAGGAUUGUUGUCAGUAUCAUCAAGCCAAGGAUGGAGAUGGAUGGGUUGAAUACAAAGGCUCACUUGGGUCAGAUCAAUCUCAAAAGAUGGAAAUUCCACGGGCAUUUGUUUGUGCUCAAAGCAAGAUAUUCGAUGUGUCAGAAUGGGCGAUUUGUCAAGGAAUGGCGUGUAGGCCAAAUACACAUAGACCAACUUUUCAAGUAAACAUGGUUGGAUUGGAGAAAAGUCAAAAGUGCAAGUCAAACUUAUAUCCAUGGGAUUUGGAUGCUCAAAUGACAGAUGAAGAGGAAGAAUUUGAUUUGUGGCUUCAACAAGCUGUUGCUUCUGGUUUGUUUUGUGAAUCUUCUAAAAGUAGAAAGAAUUGGACCCCUUUUAAGUUUUCACCAAAGAAGGUGAAGCAACAAUGGACACGUAUGUCUCGAUGGUCACAUUAGUUAGUUAAUUAUUUAGUUAGUGGUUGUAAAACUUGUAAUAGGUUGGUUAGUUUUGGGUGGAGUGAAAGGUUGUAAAACAGCUCCCUUUGUAUGUAUUGAGUCAAGUUUUUCAUUAUAAAAAUGGAUUUUCUUCCCCC